AUGGGGGCAGCGCUCUGGGCGGCUGUCGUCGACGCGCUAACGACGUUCCGCGAGCUUCAUGGGCAUGUCGACGUGCCGGCCGACUUUGCCGUUCCGGCGACUGCACCAUGGUCCGAUGUUGUCCAUGGCAUCCACCUCGGGCUGCUCGUGGUCUUUCUUCGCACGCGGCCCACGAUCGAUCCGGUAAUCAAGACGACCCUUGACGCGCUGGGUUUUGACUUGACGCCCGUGCGCAUCGUGCAACGCCGCCAGUGGAGCUGGGUGCAUCGGCUCGAGGCGCUGUGCUUGUAUCGAGAAGCACACGGUCAUAUGAAGGUGCCACAGCGGUACGUCGUGCCAACGUCGUACCCACAGCACUUGCACCACCUGCCGCUUGGCCAUUUGGUCAGCAGCCUGCGCUGUCAAAGCAUUGCUUACACACCCGAACGAGUGCAACGAAUUAGCGACCUCGAUGCGCUCGGAUUCCUCUGGCGUCUGUCGUCCAAGAAUGCGACGUAUUGCGUCGUGCAUCGCCCAGGCAAGCGCGCGCCCAUGGCUCAAACCGUCGCGUGGUCGGAGCAGAUCGAGGCGCUUCUCGUCUUUCGGCGUCUGCACGGUCACGCCAAUGUGCCAGACGGGUUCAUCGUGCCACCCGAAGCGGACGUGUGGCCGCUUCCGAUGCACUACGUCGCUCUCGAUCUCGCACUCACGUUGCUGCGCGUGCAUGUCUACGAGCUGCCCAAGACCGACGCCGACCGGCUCCGAGAAGCUGCACACGGUCAUAUGAAGGUGCCACAGCGGUACGUCGUGCCAACGUCGUACCCACAGCACUUGCAUCACCUGUCGCUUGGCCAUUUGGUCAACAACCUGCGCUGUCGAAGCAUUGCUUACACGUCCGAACGAGUGCAACGAAUUAGCGACCUCGAUGCGCUCGGAUUCCUCUGGCGUCUGUCGUCCAGGAAUGCGACGUUUUGCGUCGUGCAUCGCCCAGGCAAGUGCGCGCCCAUGUCACAGCUCGUCGCGUGGUCGGAGCAGAUCGAGGCGCUACUCGUCUUUCGGCGUCUGCACGGCCACGCCAAUGUGCCCGACGGGUUCAUCGUGCCACCGCAGACGCCGUGGCCGCUUCGGAUGCAUCACGUCGCUCUCGAUCUCGCACUCACGUCGCUGCGCGCGCAUGUCUACGAGCUGCCCAAGACCGACGCCGACCGGCUCCGAGAAGCUGGUUUCUUUGCCGAUCUGCCCGACUUUAGCACAUUCAUUGAGCUGCUCGCCAUCUAUCGCACCGAAUUUGGCUCUAGCGCCGUCCGCAUCGACUUUGUCGUGCCUCCAUCGGGCGGUCCCUGGAUCAACGUCUGGCGCGGCUUGGCCCUCGGCGAUCUUGCGUGGUCGGUCGGCUUGAGAGCUCGGGCGCUCGAGGCAACGCAGCACGACGACCUGCAACGAGUCGGCUUUGUCUUCAACGUCGAUGCGACGUGGGCCAACAUCGUACAUGGACUCGAGCACUUUCGAUCUCUGUACGGUCCACUGGCGGUCCCAACGAGCUUUGUGGCUCCAGCUACGUGGCUGAGCGACCUCGCCGGACUGCGCCUUGGACACUACGUCGAGCGCAUGCACACGGCAAAGCGACUGCGUCUGCUGCCACCGGCCACAGCAUCAACCUUUGCAGCGCUCACGCAGAUUCCGCCCGUCGCCUCAUCGUUGUGGGCGCCCCCGCGCGAUGCAAACGCACGCCUUGAGGUUCUGCAGCAACUUCGAGACAUUGUGCGUGUCGUCCGUGACGUCUAUACCGUCGUACCCAACGACUUUGUCGUGCCCGCGAGUGGCUCUGCGUGGCCAGCAGACAGUGACGGCGUUCAGCUGGGUGUGCGUCUGCGCUGGUUUUGGCAACACAAACAACUCUCGGUGCCCGUGUGCGACGAGAUCCGCGCUCUCGGCGUCCGAGUCGCCAACCGCAGCGCCAUCACGAAUAAGUUACCACCCACCGCGCCAGCACUGAAGUACCGCACUUGGACGGCCCACGACAAGAUGCGCGCCCUCGGUUUCUAUCGACAUUUGCACGGGUCGGCUCGCGUGCCCGUACGACUCGCCGUCUUUGCAAACAACCUUCGCUAUUAUCCCCGAGUGCUCGACGACAAACUCGAGGUGCAGCUCAAGCUCGUGGGCUUCUCGUGGCCGACGUCCUGGGUUCCGUCUUCCCGCUGCGUCAAGCGUACGACGCGCGGUGCGCUUGUUGUCGGGAUGGUCCCGAUUGCUGCGCAGGUCGCAGCCCUUCAUACGUAUCAGUGCCUGGUCGGCGACGUGCUUGCGAUGCCAAAGGACUUUGCCGUGCCUCGGAACGACGCCGCUUGGCCAACUGGCAGCAGCGACAUUGUGCUCUCGUAUGUGCUUCCGUCGCUGCGGUAUCACUGGUUCGAGCUCGCACCAGAAGACGAGGCAACCGUCCGAGCGUUGGGUCUCUUUACUGACGUUCCGCCCUUUGACGUAUUUGUCCAGCUGGCCUUUCGUCUCUCCUGCGAUGACAAGACGACCGUACCGCUGGACUUUGUGGUGCCCACCGAAUGGUCGGCGUCGUGGCAUGACGCACCGCUGGGCGAGCUCGCGUGGUCGCUCGGGGUGCGAAUGACGCAACUUGAGAAGAACAAGUCGCAGCAGCUAGCGGCGAUCGGCUUUGCCUUCAACACACCUGCGACGUGGGCGCACAUCGUGGACGGACUGCGCACGUACCACUCGCUCUAUGGCUCGAUGGACGUACCAGAGGACUUCCUUGUACCUCAAACUGCCAGUUGGCCGGAAGACAUGCACGGCAUGCGCCUCGGCCAUUGCGUCAAGUUCCUCGUCACAGCAAGAGAGCUCUACUUGCUGCCGGCCGCGACCACCACCGCAAUCGAUGCCAUCGGAGCCGAUGCUCCAAUGCCAGAAGCUGUGUCAAUAUCGGUGGGCGUGAACGCGGCGACGCCCGCCAUCUCUGCGGCGGCAACCAGUGAUACCAUCGGAGCCGAUGCUCCGCCGCCAGAAGCUACAACAUUGUCAAGCGACGAGAACUCGGCGGCGCUAGCCAUCCUUGCCUCGGCAGCCACCACCACGGUCGUCCAACCAGCCGCCAACGAAGUCGUCGCUGCGCCGUUGCCAAUGACCCUCUGCCAAGCGUCGCUCUCGAGCAGCCGGCAGUACAAGCAGCUCCCGCGCUCGAUGUUGACACCGACACGAACGAGCGCUGCGACCACCUCGUUGCGCUGGAUCUGUGGCUCCACGCGACGCCACGCCCGAGCGAUUCGACGCUUCUCGGCUCUGUAUCGCCAGCAGUCCCAUCUGGACGAACUGCGGGCAUUGAAGUUCAAGUGGCAGCUUUUCGAUUAACGCAUUUUAUAUAUCAAAUCAUCAAUC